ACCUACUCCUGGAUUUGGCCUCUCUUGCACAACGAAUUAUCGAUGAAUAUUGUUUUCACUUAGUACCAAACGAUUUUCAGCACAAGAAGUGUGUACGCAUCUUGUUAUAUCUGCUUACUAUACUUGGUUAUGAUGGAUACAGUACGUGCCCAGAAUCUAUUUGAUAAUCUAUGAAAGUUGCAUCAUCAUGUUGGCAUUGGAGUCGAUAUAGGAGAUCAUCAAAUCGACAUUUAAGAAAUAUGAUUCUUGUCUUCAGUGUUGUUCCGUCCACGCACUGAUUACUGGUUAUAAUUAUGAUACUUAGAACACUCUCGUAUAUCUGGAAAACUAUGCUUAGGAGUAAAUAUACCGAUGCGCUGUGGAAUUUUCUGGUUCGUGCGGGUUUAGUAGCCCUCCCCAAGCCAAGAAUAUUGUUACAAAAUGAUCACUUUGUAGUGAUUGACAAAGACCCAGAUGUAAGGAUAAAUUCGGACGAUCCAAACAUGGCUGUCACAGUUGAAAAUCAGCUUCGCUUAUUAUACCCUGACAAAGCGGACGCACGGAUAAAGCAUGGUUACAGGUUUAUUCAUCGUCUGGAUUUUGCUACCAGUGGAGUCUUGUGUUUAGCAUUCAAUAAAAAAGCUUGUAAUGAGGCCAGUCAGCAAUUUAAGAAUACGAAAGUGACCAAACACUAUCUUGCUUUGGUUCGUGGCCACAUUCAAAUCCCCUAUCUCACCAUCAAUCUUGCAAUUGGCAAGGAGACUGCUCCAAGCAUGGAGCAUAUGUGCUGUGCAUCAACCUCUGCAACAUGUAUCAAUCCGAAGCAAGCUAAGACUCAUCUAGUGCUUUUAGAGUUAGGCCUGUAUCAGAAUUCUCCUGCAUCAAAGGUGCUGUUAAUACCAGAGACAGGUAGACAACAUCAGCUCAGAGUCCACUGUAUGUCUGUUGGUCAUCCCAUAGUUGGGGAUUACACAUACAGUUUCAGAACAGACAACAAACCAUAUCGUAUGAUGCUGCAUGCGUACAGGCUGAUCAUUCCUCUACAAAGUGGAGACAUAGAUGUCACAGCUCCAGAUCCAUUUUUAACAGAGACUGAUGGUCAUUGGAGAUCCACUGAUAUUUUGUUGACUUAUUCAGACUUCAUUAAGACUUAAAAUUGUCUAUAUUACAAAUGUUAAUC